AUGGAGCUGGGAAGCGCUAAGUUCAGUGGCAAACAAAGAAUAGAGCCCUUUAACGAGGAAGUCACCAUUCAGUUUGAUGCUGUGGAUGCCAUGAGAACAGUAUACCUUUCGGAAGGCUCAGCCGUGAUUCCCGUGCUGUCGGUAUACGACUUCCACCUCCCCUUCACGCUGCGAUACCUGCACGAGGCUAUUUAUGGAGAGAAUUCCUCUUGUGCGGGAAGAGCAUUGAGGAAUAUUAUUAUUGUGCAGGCAGCUGACCUGAUAAAGGACAGAGUGAACCUCAAGGGGUUUUACAGGAGAAGCUGUGUUGGGUCAGAACUUGUGGACUGGCUUCUGGAACACUGUCCUUUUGUUCAGUGCAGAUCUAUGGCCAUCGGGGUCUGGCAGCUCCUCCUGGACAUGGGAAUUAUGUCAUCAGUGGACCAGCAUCUGUAUUUUCAAGAUACUUACGUUUUCUACCAGUUUUCAUCUGAUGAAUGUAGCUACUUGUACUGUGAAUUUGAAAGAGAAGAGGAGUGGCAGAAUGGUGUCAAACUUUUACUGCAACUUGUGCCUCUCCUUCCCUCUAGAGCUGGCAUCUGUGAACUGUCUCAUCAGAAGAUUGAAGACCCUGAAGAAAGCAGUGAUGAAAUUCUUGCUCGUCUAACGUCUGCGGUGCAGAGAGAGCUAGCAGCUGUUAUUGCUUUGAAAGCAAGGAAGUCUGGUUACCAAAAUGCUGCAUUUUAAUACUGUCAAUGAUUGAGAUCUGUUUUGGGGAUGAGAUUGAUGAGAGGAAUUUUCACCCUCUGGUCAGUAAAG